UUGAUAACCCUCAGUUUCAUAUGAUGCACGAAUUGCCACAGAUUGCAGAUUUAAGAUUAUUGGACUGUUUUUUAAUGUUUGCAUUCUGCCUGCAUGUGUUGCGAACUGGCAUAUCUGCUUCUCUAUCACCGUGAGAAGGGCUGAUUUCUCUAUUCAGAGUCAAAGGCAUAGAACCUAAGGGGUAAUAGUGUCUCUGACCUUUACAGCUAACGCAGUCUAAUGGUAUAGGACAGGUGGAAAGUUGAGCCCUACACUGACAUCUCUUAACCUUCGCUGAGAUAAGUGAGUAACACCUUGAUCCGGACACUGAAAUAAAACUUACAGGGUGUCCUUUCCUUGGGAUGGGACAUUUUUCAGGUUUAAGCCAAAUAACUAUGUUAAUUUCUAGAAAGCCAGAGCAAUUAUCUAAAGGUGAACUCAGACCCUGCUUCCCCAGAAGUUCAUAUCAUGCACCCAGCUAUGUCAGCUUGUAAAUACUAGAUUGUGCCUGCCUGAUCAAUCCUGCUUAUACCUUCUCCAAAGAUGUUAAAAUAUCUUUUAACAAGAAUACAUAACCAUCAUAAUUGUUCCUCAAAUAAAAACCGGUUUCAUUUGUCAAUUAAGCGUUUAUUGUUCUAGCCUUACACCUGAUAGAAGAUAUAAACUACUCAGAACUGUGUCUUAAUUUGUCUCUUGGUUACAUUCAAGCUGUAAGAGGAUGAACUUCAUUAACCUCAAACCAUGUUCUCAAAAUCUAACCACUAAUUUCAUUUUAGUUCAUCAGACAGCCAUCAUCACAUCAUCAUACAUAUUUAAGCACUCCCAGAUGAGAGAGAUUUCAAAGACCUCUCUGUCUGCUGUGUGGGCUAUCAUCUGGGAUUUAUAAAAGGCGCAGGGACAUCAAAAAUGCAACCACUGACCUUUUUUUGCAUGACUUUACUGUCCGCAUUUCAACUGGGCUUGCCUUUCGGAAUUAAUUGGUUCAUUAGCCAAGAUAAUUAGGAGACAGGGCGCCAGUUCUGACUCUGAUGUGUCUUUAGAUGUAUACAUAGUCAUUCAUCCAGCAGAUCUGAAAGCUUAUAACUUCUGUCAUCAUCAGCACUCUAAUGGCUGCUUUGAGACUUUUGUUCUGGUGAUAUGAGCGAUCAUGUGAGCAGCCAUUUCAUUAAGAUUUUUUAGUUACUACUUCUAUUUAGAGCAGGAUUUUUUCUACUCUUUUCAUGAAUGGCUGGAAUUAAAAGGUAAUAAUGCUAUUUGUAAGAAUGCUAUAAGCGAUAGUGGCAAUUCUCAACAAAAUAAUGUACGCUGGACAGGAAAUAUGCUGGGCUACAUAUACACAUAUAUACGGCUUAAACUUGCUACUUUAUCCCGUUGGGGGAAGGCUAUUUCUACAUUUGAUAUGUGGACAUCGUUCUGGUGAUUUUGCUUUACACUAAUUAUGGGUCAGUGACAAAUAAAGAUUUGCAUCAUGAGUAAUUCAAAGAUGUUUUAAUAAAUUGUUUUAAAAGUUUGCAUUAGGUUUGAAAAGGUGUAUAUUUUGUAUUUCUGUUGGUUUCAUAUAAUUCUAAUAGCAUUUCAACCUUUUUUUUUACAAAAUGAAUGAUGGAUUUCCCUUGAAAAUGUCAAGUGGUGUAACCACAACAAAAGGGGAAAUAUUUAAUACUUAUUUCCACCUAUAGUGUAUGCAAGUGUACUUAUAAAAAAGUUACUUAAUUAUAAUAUAUCAGUUGAAAAUACAUUUUGUUGUUUUUUACAAAAAAAAUGGAUGCAUUUUUGUAAUAUAUUGCAGGAGAAAUGCUAAAAACUUUGGCCCUAAUUUUUUUUUUCCUUUUUUGGAACAAGUUGAAAUAUUUGGUACUGUGCUUUUAUGGUUACACCACAUUAACAUUUUCCCCAUUAAUCCCUAAAUAUCCUCUCAUAAUGGAUACAAUCCAGAAGACAAGGUCUUCAAAAAAAGAAUAUAUCCAAGUAAUUGGUGAGUUUAUUUUUUAAUUUUAGCUUUUUUAAAUUUAAGUAAACCAUAGGAACAUGAGAAAAACCCUUGACCCUUAUACCAUUUCACGCACUUCAGUUUUAGAAAUUGCUUUUAAUUCUUAAGAAAGAAAUCAUGAACCUGUGCAUAACGGCUAUUUUCUUUAUAUUUAGUGCAGUAGUCCACGUUUUAUUUUAUGUUAUUGAUUGGAACUUGACAAAUAUUAGUGUUGUAACUCUCAUUCAUCGUGUGAGUCAAACACUGAAGCUAAACAAUUGCUUUUAAUAACAGAGUCCGGUGUGCAGAAAUGCUAACAGUUUUUUUUUAAACAAUAAAUGUAAAAAAAAUGUAUAACUUGGUCAGAGGACGGCUAAUCGGGCAGUUUUCAUGUCUGGUUUUAAUUUAUUGAGUCUCUUUUGUGGACGCGUCCGCCUGCGGGACCCAGAAUGCCCUGCGCCGAGUCAAGAUGGAAGAACCCAGCAGCUGCGGGAGAACAAUGUUUUGGCUCUAAAUACUCAAACGGACGGCCGAGGGUGAACUACGCGAGCCAAAAGCAGCGGGUCAUGGUCCUGCACCGGUAAGGGAAAUCAAUUGAGGUGGAGCUUUUGGGGACGGAGUGUGUUUGAGCGGCCGCGAAACUCUCGGUCCGGGACAGACAACAAAGCGCUGCGCUCUAACGUUACUUUACCGCUAGUUAGCUAGCUCGGUCAGCUAGCUGUCUGGGCUAGGCGGAGGAGCAUCAUUGUUCGCAGGAGUUGUGUGGGCCGUUUGUUAUGGGGGUCAUGCUUGUGGUGUCGCUCCAUCACUUACAGUCGGUUUCUUGUCCGGGAAAAGAAGCUAACAACUUGAGGAAAACGGUCAGGAAUGGGAACAAACCAUGUAAGACGGUCUCCUUCAUACAGAUCUUUUAUUUAGCAGGCUCAAACCAGCGUCUGUCCUUCAUUAUUCCUGCUGCUCGGAGAUUCUGAGUCGUGUUACGUUUACGCAGAUGUGCCUCGUUAUUUACCACUAAAACGUCAACCUUUGAUUGAAACUGAAUUAAGUGCAACUUGAACUUUGUUUACAUGUUAAAUCAUGGUCCGGAUUUCCUUCAGGUCCAGCUGGGCUUGGGGUUUAAAGGUGCACAGUUGUGUGUUCAUCAGCGCAGAUCUGCUGCUGUUAUUGCAUGGCCAUAUUAAUUAUUGCCUGAUCCUGCAUCACAAAGAAGGGCCCCUGCUUAGCCAAAUGCUCAGCUAGGUAGCUAACACGCUUUGUAGUUUUCACUAAUGUGCUUUGACCUAAAGCUUACUUCUUUAACGUGUUUGUCGGCUUAGACGCUUUUUAGGAAGCUACAGCGAAGCGAAGAGCUUUAUAUGUUUUUUGUAAAGUUGACUUUGUGUUCGCAGAAAAGGUUAUUACUGCUAACGUAAGAUCAGAGCUGAAGGCAUUUGGCAGCAGACAGAAAACACUCAUCAGAUGGACUAUAUGUUUACGCUUCGGGAAAGCCGAUAAAAUACAUUUGAAUGAAACCUAUUAGAGCAUUAUGGUAUAUCUGCAUGCAUCAUGUUUGUAUUCUUCAUAUAACAUAAUUGGUGACUCAAAUUAGAUAUGCAUUAAUAUAUUAAAUAACUUAUCUAUGUCUGAUAUCUGAGUUAAACAUCAGAGCCAUUACAAAACAUGCAUUUGAAGCCACAUAAUUACACCAACAGUCCUCCUAAUGCAGUCUGUGUGCACUCUCAUUGGCAGAUAAGCUCAUGCAAAUAGGAUGACUGGGUCAGACAGGCCCAUCAAACAGAUUAACACACAACUUCAAUCCUCUCAUUCCUCAUCUCAUGUUGUGUCUGGUGUUGUAGCCACGGUGACCUUUUUUGCCCUGUAAAAAUGCUCAAAACAUACUCGCCGUAAUCAAGCAGAGAGAAUAAUUUUACGUGGCGGUUUCACUGCGUAACUUGUUUUUGGUUGUCAUUGUGCCAGACUGCAGGCCCUUUGUUGACCCACAAAUCGUCCGUUUUAAUCCGACUAAGCACCCAGUUGUGAGAUCAGAGGCCGUGACACUGAUUCCUAAAGACUGAGCUGGCUACAUGAUUGUUUUCUGUUUACUUGUAUUUAUAUGUCCAUUACUUGUAAUCCAUGUCUUUGGUUUGGAGUGUAAUUGCUAGUUACAGUCAUUCAUAAAUGUAUUAACACUUACUGAUACUGUUUCCUCACAGGCUGACACUGAUUGCCACCCCAUAGUCUACAAGCCUGCUGGGAUCCACCAUGAGCAUCAUUCAAGACAAACUAGGCAAUGAAUUCCUGCACUCUAACGGGGCAAUGGACUCCAAUUUUGGCCCCGGCAUGAUUAUGUUCAGCCAUCUCCCCCCAGUGACCAGCUUCACCCGGCUGGCUGCCCACUCUGUCAUGCAGGACCUUCCGCAGCAUGAAAUGAUUUUCAAGAAGGAGCGUGACUCGCCUGACUGCAGCAUAGGCACCCAGGGUGGCCGCAUGGGGUGCGCGGGGGUGGGAGACUAUGUUCACUCCAUGGGCAUCAAGCAGGAGAAGCUGUCUGAGCAUGAUUACCGCCUGCCAGUGUACCCCGGUGGACUGGGGAAGAGCACAGAGCUGCUGGAGGUGACAGUCAGUAACAACCAGAACCUGCUGGUACAUGACCUCAACAUGGGCAACGUAAGUACCAGUGAUGGGAAACCACCUCAUGAAUGGAUGUUACCAUGACUCUUUACAUAGCAGUGACACUAAGUUACCACAAUUAUUUUUUUUACAGUUAAGGAUUCAGCAAAGCUCAUUGUCUUCAAAACCACUAGUCAGCUCUUCUCAUAACUUACUCAGUGUGAAGAUUCACAGCUGCUGAUUAUUUUGACUGUAAUUUGGACAAACAAACAAUAAUUUUAAUUCUUUUAAACAGUUUUGUCGCCCUAACAGCGAUUUGAUUAUUUAAGAAAAUAAUUCAUUUCUUUUUGAUGAAGAAAAAUUCAAUUUCCUCCAGGCAUUAGUGGUGAGAUCUUGCAAUCAUCUGCCAUUUUUUUCACAACCAAGGAAACGCUAACUUGUUUGUGAAAUGAUGAGCAGUUACAUUCAGGCCUUGAUCAGAUGUUUAAAUACUUAAUUGGAGCCAUACAAAUGUUUGAAUGAUAUUUGGACAUUACAUGCUUUAUUUCCAUCCCAUUUUUCAGAUAGAUGAAAGUUUUACUGAAACUUUGAAGUUUGUUGAUGAGGUCUCAGUUCUUAAUUCUACUUCUCAAUCCAGAAAAAAAACAAUGUCCCAGGAUUCCUGUGUGGCGUUCACCUAAAAGCCUGAAUUUUGCUGUCUCAUGAGCUCUGUCUCCCAGGCCCCCAGCAUGUCCUGAUUUAGCCCAUUUAUAUGAGGCACAGAUAACUGCACUGUCAACAUAUCUAUAAAUGCACCACAGCAUUGCUCGAGCUGCAGAUGUAUUUUCAUCCAAGUUUGCAGUUUCAUAACAUGCGUGAAAGAAAAUAGGGUCCCAAAGAGCUUCCCAGCAUUUUUUUUUGUUUGUUUCAUCUCUUUUUUUUGGGUCAUUUGUUCACAUAUAGAAUCAGAAGAUGAGCAAAAUUUAACCAAGUCAGGUUAAACACACGAGAGAUGGUUUCAUCUUGCUUGGUUUCAGGCUAGUUUGUGCUCAAAAGCAGCCUCACUGUGUUGUUUAGCAGCUGAUAUUUAAAAAGCCUGGGUGGGAGGAGCCUUGGGGGGGCCGGGUGCAAAGGAGGAGCUUGUGUAUUUAUGGUGACAUAAAUCCUCCAACAGCUUGAGAUGCAAAAUAUAAAAAAGCCCCCCCCUCCUUUUUUUCUCUCUCUGUGUUCAACGGUGACGUCAUCCAGCCUCAGCGUGAAUGAAAACGUCACAAGGACACAGCUGUCUUGUUUGAGCUCGCACUUCAUUUCAGACAUCUUUUGUGCUCAUUCAAACAGAAAUACACACGGCCACACUCUCCUAACAAUAGCCAGGAAUCCAAGGCCGCCAGGGCCCGUGACUGAAUUAUUGUCUUUACUGCGCCAGAAUAUUUUUAUUGUCUACUCAAGGACAAUCUAGGAAAAGGAUUUCAUCACAACACACACAUAACAGGGAGCAAAUGCACAUUUUAAGAAUAUUUCCCAUGAUGUCAUGUAUUAUAAAAAAAAAUGUAAAUAUUUUUAAACGGUUAAGAGGAAAUUUGAAAAGGUUUAUUUUGGCUAAACGUCCUUUGGUUUUAACUCUUAAAUUAAGGUUAGUUUUGAAAACAGCAGGUGCACCCUUUCAGUCUCCAUAUGGCACUGAGCUUCAGCAUGAUAACUAGAAAGGAAGUUUCAGGAAUAGAGUAUCUGGGGGCACUUUGUAUUUUUUUGCUGAAGUACAACCCCACAUUGACUUUGCUUUGGUAGAUUUGGUGUGUCUCUACAUGUGUAGAGGUGCAGUAUGUGAAAAGCCUCUUUUGUAGAUGAGGAGGACAUAAAUAAAAGGCAUUAUUUCACCCAUUAGAUCAGCAUCUUGGACAAUGUGUUUUUAAAAGCCAUUCAUUAGGAGGUUAUCAAAUGUCCUGUUUUGUUGUUUGCCUGAGCAGCAAACAUGAACUUAUUUCUGUGAUAGUUUUUAGGCUAAAAGCUCUCAACCUCAGUCAAGCGAUUUCCUUGUCAUGGCUGGCUCUCACGGCCCACUCUCUCUCCUUUUGUCAUCCUCACAGCUGCCGAGUCAGUUGGGAAAAGACCCCACUGGGAGAAAAGGUCGAAGGUCAAAUGGUGAUGGACAGGAGGGUAAACCAAGAAAAAAGAGAAGCGAGGCAAAGGUUUGUAUAUUUACGUGUGUGUGUUGAUGCAGUACUAUAAUGUGCUCUUAAUUAAAGUUAAUGCUCAGGACCAGAUGCUUAUCACUACAAAGAAAAUUAACAACCCUAAACGAAAAUAGCACUUGUGAUGAUUUAGUGACAAGAUUUGAUUCUACAAAUAAUUUUCAAAAUGAACAACUGAAUGUGAAGUGUCUUUUGAAAUCACCACCCUGUGUUUUUUUUUUUUCGUUCUUCAGCAAUCAAUGAUGCUGGAUGCAGAUGGAGGCAGCUUGUCGCCAGGAACCAAGCCUCACAUCUGUGAGCACUGCGCUGCAUCCUUCAGAAGCUCCUAUCACCUGCGCAGACACGUCCUCAUACACACAGGUAUAGUUUUGUAAUAUUUUCACUUUUAGUGGCUCAUCUAUGUCAGAGCUUUUUAGUCACACACUGUAACUAGAGCUUUACAGAGCUACAUAUUUAUCACAUUAAUGAUAAGAUGUCCCUCCAAUAGUUCAGAGAAAAGAUGAAGUGACAGAUUGAUGGACAAAGACAAAGUGAAUGUUGACAUAAGUUCAGUUGUGACGCAAUACCGUGGACUCAGGCGUUGCUCUGUAUGAUUAUGAAGAACUUUCAGUACUGCAGCUGACUCCCUGACUGAACUUUAACAAUAGACGACUGCCUCACAGAAGUGAUAUUUUUAAAAAGUUGAAUAUUAAUAGUGUGUUCCAGAGAAACAAGAAAGUGAUGGUUCAUGUCACUGCAUAUUUCUUGAUGCAGGUACUGUGUAUGCACACUUCACAAUGGUAAUGGCAAUCUUCCCGUGGAGCAGCUGCAUCCACUCUACCGCUUCACAGUCCUAGCCAUCUAGGACUAAAACUUGAAGACAUCCCCUGAGUCUGGGACACUCAAAAUCAGCCUUGAGGUGCCCGGUUCUUGGGACUAAACACUUACCAGUAUUUCCUGUAAUACUUAAUUAGAAUUUUUAUUACCAUGUGAAACUGAGCUCUUCUCAUUUUGGUUGAAUUUAAGGCUGCACAUUAUUGGAAAAAACUAACAUUACAAUUUUUUUCAACCCUGCAAUAUAUAUUGCGAUAUUAAAAAAUACAGGAAUUUUCACCAGAUGACCUGAAUAGCACUUAAUGCUAUGCUGCACUGCUGAGGUCUUGUGGACAAUUACCCUGCAGUGAUCUUAACUCUUUUUGUGAAUGGUAGUAGAAUGGCUUCUGUCUGUCUUAGAGAUAUUUUUAGCUUGCUUUUUUUUGCGCUGGGACGUUAUUGUGGCGACAGAUGAACACAGAACACGUGUUUUGGUCAACAUCAUCCUUCUUGUAACCGAAAAAAUUCCUGAUAACUGACUUUCCUUUUCUUUUUGGCAACAAGUUUUCAUUUUCUGUGGUUUUCUCUCGUUCAUUGCUCAUUUAGCAAUCGUUGUUGUUACCGGUGUUGUGCCGAGAAAUGAAUCCCCGCCGAGAGCUGCAUACACCUUGCAAAACACGCACCAUUUAUGGUAGAGUGGUUCACGAAAAUGUACAAUUUAAAACCCAUAUUAUUCUUAUUUGUGGGGUUAAACAGUGAUGAGUAAUGUUCCGAAAGUAAUUCUCAGCGGGUAUGUGUUUCUUGGCACAACACUGGCAGCACCAGUGACUCAUUUUAUGUGUAGGCCUUGUGCAGGGGUAGGUUUCCUCCUCUGAUUUUGAUUGACGGCUGGCAGGGUAGUCUGAUUGGCAACUGAGUAAAGAACGAAUGUGAUUGGUGGAUCACUGCACGGCACAUGCAGAGUCACAUGCAGUGUAUCUCAGUCAGCUACUCUUGAAAUUAGAUGAAUUCAUUCGCCUCCUACAUCGCAGGCUUCGCAAUGUGAGUACCGUGCACACGUACAUCGCAAUGACGAUGUUCAAACGAUAAAUCGUGCAGCCCUAGUUGAAUUAAACACCUGUUUCAUUUUCAAAAGGAAUCGCUUGCUCGUGGUCAUAAACUAUGUCCCUCUCGUUUUAUUUAUCUUCAUAUUUUCAGCUCCAGACUGAAGCAUUGGCUCUAUUUAAGUCUAUUUAAGUUCUGUUUUUCUCACAUCUGUUUGACAAAUACUUUUUGAAAACCUUCGAAUGUCCAUGAUAACAUCAUAAAGACCUUCUUGCUAUGACAUGUCGACUAUAUGCAUAUCUUGGGUUUACUUUCAGGUGAAAGACCCUUUAGAUGCAGCCAGUGCAACAUGAGUUUCAUUCAGAAGUAUCUUCUCCAGCGACAUGAGAAAAUCCACAGUGGUGAGUGAUAAGCAAGUGAACAGCAACCAUUCAUAUACACAGUCUGGUUUGACCUGAAGUGAGCCUGAGCCGUCCUGUCUCUCUGUUUGUCAGGAGAGAAGCCAUUCAGCUGUGACCAGUGCAACAUGCGGUUCAUCCAGAAGUAUCACAUGGAGAGGCACAAGAGGACGCACAGUGGAGAAAAGCCGUACAGAUGUGAGACCUGCCAACAGGUCAGUGAACGGCUCAGAUUCCAUCAGUGAGCUGUUGAAGGCUGAGUGAUAGUGUGUAUUCAAAUCCUGUCAUUUGUACUGUCAGUAAUGAGUUUUUUGUCCUCUCCAGUAUUUUUCAAGGACAGACCGACUGCUUAAGCACAAGCGAACCUGUGGAGAAGCCAUAAAAAAGGGGCUGGAUCCCGGGAUGAUGGACAUAGGUUGUGCAGACAUGGGACAUGGCAGCUAUGGAAUCACUCAGGGAAACGCUGGGAGCACUGGGAGGAAAAGGGGAAAGUCAAAAAACCCUGGAGAGGGAGGGGAACGCAAGAAGAAGAAGCAGCAGGGAGAUGGAGGAGGUGUAAGGGUACCGCAUGUUCAGGGAGGCUACAGCAUCCAUGAAUUCUCCGCUGAGAACCAAACGGUUUCUUCCUCCGCUGAGCCAGGACCUAGCAUGCAGCAAGGCCACCAUGGACGAGCUCCAAAGAUGGCUUUCAAGAAGGCUAAUCGAAAAAGCCUGGACAAGGCAGGAAUGGAGCAGGUCAAAGUAGGCUCGAUGGAGCAGAGUGGGGGCAUGGACAGCCUUGGUCUAAUGCAGGGUAAUGGGGUUAAAGUGGGACCCACCAGCAGUAACUAUGAUGAUGCCAUGCAGUUCCUAAAGAAAAGACGCUACCUUCACGCAGCAAACAACACAAACUCAGCCGCACAAGUAGGCGUGGGAGGAGCCGGCAGCGAGUUUGACGUUGGCAUCGGCCACUUGUCUUCCCAGCAGGCGGUCAAUCAGGGGGUUGUGUCUGGUGUGUUGGACAAUGACCCUCCUCUGAAUCUUGAUAAAUCAGGAAUCCCAGAUGAGGUGCUCCAGAGCCUCUUAGACCACUACACACAGAAACCUGACGGCUCACACCACGAUGUCCACUUUGACAUCAGUGACCAGCAUGUGGAGUUGACUCCCGUCUCAGCCGAUGGCACCGACAACUCCAGCCCAUCUGGAGACAAAACCGGCAUGAUGCAUGAGUAUUCCCGCUUCUUGCUGCAGGCUUUGGAACGCACCAGCCACAGUGCCAGCUUCCCUCUUGGCCCCGGGACUUCUGUCUCAGGGUCUUUCAACAGUUCCCAUCAGGGUAAUCCCCUCUAUGCCGACAAGAACAUAUACACCACGUCCCCACUGGAGUGUGGGUUCGGCCAGUCGGUGGCCUCGCCUUCACUACCCUCCGCUGUGCCCAAGUCCCACUUUGCAAUGUUGACCAGCUCCUCACCACAGCAUGGCUUCCACCUGAGCAGCCUGGAGGCCUCCACUCACCAGCAGCUCACCCCUUCUCAGGAGCUCAGCGAGCAGAUGGAGAAGCAGCACUCCUCCACGCCCCCUUCCUCCUACCAAAUCAGCGCAUCAGACCUGAGCAGCCAGAAAGAGCACCCCCCAGUCAAGAAUGGCACAGGGGUCUACCCUCUGGCCCCCUCGCAGGAUCUAGCCUCUCUAGACUCCUCUAAGCCUUCCUAUCAGAUAGAAAACUUUGCUCAGGCCUUUGGCUCCCAGUUCAAGUCAGACAGCCGCAGUUUGUCUUAUGGCACUGACUCUGGCGGGGAGGUGGAUCACAGGACGCCUGUGUCUGAAUUCUCAGGGUAUACUAGUUUGUUAUCUGAUGUCAAUGAGCCAGUAAGUACAGGUUCCAAAACUACAACAAGCCAAAGCUACAGAUGAGAGCCUGAGAGGGAGAAUACUCAGUGUUGGUUGCUGAUAUUCUUAUGUUGUUUUUUUAGCGCUCCUAUUUUAUGACUAUUAUUAUAAUUAUUGUAAUUACUGUUAUUUUUAAUAUUUUAAGCGAUAUCUUUCUGUUACGUCUCCUGAAGAUCUGUUGUCGUGCCCACUCCUCUCCCCACAACGAGCCUGCAAGGCUUUCUGCAAAUUUUUUUUUAAGUAUCUGUAAUUUCUUUUUUAACUUAUGCGUACUGUUUCGUUCUUGUCAUUUUAGGGACACUAGGUCAUCAUGCGUUAUUAAAAAAAAAUACUUUCGGUUUAUAAUUAGAGUAGCACCCAUAGACUGUAUAUAAUAUGGACAACUUGGUUCCGCCUUCCGUCAUUAUACGAAUUUGAAGCCAAAUUGCUCUCGGUAUUUCUGAGAUUUUUUCCACUUCCUGAAACCAACAUUGCCCAGUAGCGUUGUACACAUUCAGCAGGUGAGUCGCUGUGAUGACACUUGGCUCAAACAGCGUAUCCCUCGGGUGAGCUACACAAUCUUCGUACACCCAUAGGCUGUAUCAAGGGUCAGUCAUAGAAAACAUGAACCCCCUAAUAACUUUUGAAAAUGGAACUGCACAGAAAAAAGAGGACUUGAGCACAAACCAGUCUUACAAUAACUACAUGUCAACAUCACAAGCAGGGGGGAGGAAAAUGUAUAUUCUAUGUAAUAAAUUUCUUAAGUUUGUCCACAACUCCAUAGGGAUUGCUGGAGGAAGUGGGAUUUAUAACCAAAACUGCAGCCGGUCACCAGAGGGUGCUGUUCGCGCAGUGGCUUCACCCAGCAAGGAGGCAGAUGGCGUCCAUUCUAGAUACAGUCCAUGGUAGCACCAGAGAUGUUUCUUUUCCAAGGAGCUGAAGUGUUUGAGCAAUCAACUUCACAGGUGUGAAACAGUAAUGAAAACAACCACGAUGGCAGGGAAUAGCCCAGAAUCGAAAUAGCAAAAAAAAAAAAAAAAAAAGAAAACAAAAAAAAAACAUUUUCUGUUACAAGGUUGAAAGAAUUACUCAGGAAAAAGUGGAAAAGCCUACGGGUGCAGUGAGCACUCUUUUCAGAAGUCUAGCGGCUUCAAAGAGGAUUUUUCUUCUGUUUUAUUACUUGUUGAAUGAGUGUGACAUAAACAGACUGCUGCCAGCUCACUUGAGCACUGAAAACACUUUCUACUUGGCUAUAUAGAGAUUACGGUACUUUCGUGUCAAUGUGAAACUCAUGUUUUCUUCAAUAAGGGCCAUAUAUAUAUCUAUAUAUAUUUAUAAAAAUAUAUAUUAAUGUAAAGAAUCAGAUUUAAUCAGUUGAAGUCGAGGAGGAAUGAGGGCCGGUUGGGGGUAAAUGUUGUCCUUGGUAUAUUUUUGGAGAACAAAAGUGUUGUUAGGGCUUUUCAUUGGCCAAUAGAGGUAGCUGUUGGACAGCGAUAGAAUGGCCUUCCCCAUUCCCCGCCCUCCUCUUCUCCCUCAUUUCUCUUAUUUCUUUGAAAGAAUCCAAUUAGCACUUUGAGCCGAUUUCUUACAUUGAGUCAAAGACCCUGUCAGGUUAACAGCUCAGACAUCAGCAGUGGAGUGAGUAGUAGUUUGGGCAUAUGCAGAUGGGGUUUCUGGGAGGAAAAUAUUUUGGUGUAUGGUCAGGGAGACUCUUUGGGGUUGGUGGGGAGGGCUGGGAGUUGAUACGUGAGAAUGGGGUUUUUAAAUAAAGUUUUUUCUCUCAACUUUAGGAAGGGUCUAGCGCGGGUGGGAGGGGGGUCUUUUAAGUAUCAUGUAAUCGGGUUAUUGUAAAUGUAAUUCAAACCCCUAGUUUUAGUUUGACUUGUUACUCAACUUAGAAGCUUUUCUUUCUUAAUGAAUUUGAUGACAAAUGUGUUAGUGAUCAAGUAUUUCUUAAGCCGUUUCCCAGGCAGCCAAAAAAAAAAAAUAUGGCUGACUCUAAAUUUGGUAUGCAUUUAGUCUUUUGCUUAUGCUGGCAAUACCAAGCAUUAUAUUUUUCCCCUUAGACAUUGGGUGCCUAUUCCUCAGACGCACGGGUGCAACAUAUUGUCUAGUUAAUGUUAAGUGUAAUUUCUUGAUGACUUUUAAAUGUAUUUAUGCUGUACGGUCUCUUUUUGUAAAGACAAAACUCGCGCUGUCUUCCGUAGCUACAGCUGGCCUCGAGUGCUGGAUUUGAUAUCACUCUGCUGAAUGAGUCUUUUAACCCCUUUACGCCCCGAUGGCCUGUUGUUGUAAGCAAUCAUUAAACAUGGCACAGUGAAUGCAAUGCUGUUAUAUCUUAAAUAUUAUGUUGCCAUGUUGAACGGUUUGAUCGUAAACAAGAAUUUGCCUCGCAUAUACCUCAUAUCACAGUAAAGCAGGGACAACGGAGUGAAGGUUGGAGUAUGUAGCAGAGAUGCUGUUUUAUGUGAAAAAAAAAAAAAACUGUCAUGCUUCUGUGAGACUAUUUUUACACUUUUGUGUUCAUGACAUUUCUCUGACCCACUAAGCCUUUUGUUGCUGGAGGGUUUUCUGCCGAUGUGUCAUGCCAUCCAGUGUUCGUUUUCUUUAGUGUGACCUCGUCUCUCUACACAUCUGAUUUGCCAGAUUGUUUCAAGAUACAUUUUGUUUACAAGAGAAAUGUACAAAACACUACAUUUUACUUUAAGGAGUCCUAGACCCAUGUAUAAAUUUUAUUUUAGUGUAUACCUCUUCCCUUUCUUUAUCACAGCCAAAUUUUUGUAGCUAAUGAUAUCUUCCAUUUUUAUGUUCUUUCAGGUUCUUGUGACAUGAUUCACGAGACUGUGCUUGUCCAAUAAAUUUAAAACUGAUUAGGGAGAAAACAAUAAAGAAAAUCUUCUGUUAUGCAGGACUGUUGCUGUGGUUUUUCAUGUGUGUAGAGGAGUUUUAAACAUGCUGAUGCCUAAGUCAGGCCCUUCUGUUCAGAUGUAGAAAGCAGUAUUUGUUAAUGGCAGACGAUUAGUAAGUAUACCCACUACCUUAGUGGGCAGUAUGAGCUUCCCCAAUCAGCAUGUUUGCUAUACAUGUGAGGCUCGCUGAAGUAGACUGGACUCUAUGUCUUUCCACCACAGGGUGGUGAUGAUGGUCUUCGUUUGGCUUUUUGGUUGAGGCCUCUACUUCACAUUAGAUAUGCUUCAGAGCAUAUUGGGUAAUCAUGCCUCUUUUUCUUCCUUAUUUACUGAUUAUAAUUUUAGUUUUUUUCUGUACUUUCACUACAGUGAAACUCACGGACUAACCUCCUUAAGAUGUGGGUUUAAUGGAAUGACUGGCCCAGUCACUCCAAUAAAACCACAUCAGUCCCUCGUUCACCACCCUAAAUUUCCUUUCAGAGAAUAUUUGCAGUUGCAGAAUGGAGAGUUAUAUAAGCAAACCGCUGGAAGAAAUAAAUAAUAGUAUUUAUCAAUAACUUGUUGAUGUGGCUGAGAUAUACCCACACAAAGUAUUUUUUCCAGUGUUUGCACUGAUAGGAUGGACUACUCCCAAACUAGAACAGAAGACGCUCCCCAAGAAGUCACAUUUGUAUUGCUAAUAUCUUUGGUGUUAUCAAAAAUAACACCAAAAUGUAAUGUCUUUCUUUCAAUUUCAGGUGUUUUCACGACAGCAUAAUGUUCAAUUUAAGCUUCUGUUAGGUGACAUAUUUAAGUGGUGUGCACGUUUAAAUAUGCUCUCUCCUUAUUUGUCUUAUUUCAAAUAAGUUGCAGAUCAUGAAAUCUUUGUGAAUUAGUGUCUGUAAUUGAAGGCACUCAAGAAGCCCAAAAUUCACACAAUAACAAAGCAUAAAAAAAUGGAUGGUUAUAGCUCAUUCCGUCUCACCUGAAUACAUGUAAACUUUAGCUGUGCUGACCUUUUGAUCUUUCCUUUCAUCAUUUCUGUAGGGAAAUAAAUUACUUCCUUGAAUCAAAAGGAGAACUGUAUGGCCUUUCCAGUCAGAGUGAUAUCUGCAUCUUUUUGCAAACAAUUACAAAGUAGAUUUACACCUUAACCCCACAUGAAUCAUUGCCAAUCCCCUUUUUCAGUAAAUAAUAAACCAACUUUUUUCACAAUGGUGCAAUCUUUAUUUCUUUACUUUGUUGACAUCAGCAGAGUAAAUCAUAAAUCAGUAUCAUUGAGUGUUAUGAGCUCACCAUUGACUCGAAAAUGGGUAGUUCAGCCUUAGUCAAAUUUUGAAAAGUGGGGAAGAGGACAUCAGGAGUAUGACAUUAUUUCAUGGGGGAAUAAAACAGUUGUGUUGCUCUCAAACACUCUCUCCUUAGAGGUUUCCAGGCAGAGGCAUUUUUGUCAACACUAGAGUUACUAAGUGAACUCUGCUGAUGGGUGAAUUCGUGUCUGACAGUCCUGCUGCCUCCCAGAGGCCGCAGCUCUAACAAGAGAGUGUUGUUCAUGAUUUUCUUAUCUCCAGAGCAGGGAAGAGGCGGCAUAUUGAGUUAUGUACACAGGAAGAUAGUAAAAAGGAAACAACGGCAAUAAAAAAGAGGAGGGAGUUUGAUGACUUGGCCAUGUACACAAAUACAGGAUGCAAAUGUCUCUUCAGCUGGUCUUCCUACUUACCUCUUUAAGGGGGAUACUGAGGAGCAAAUCCACUUCUUAAGUCAAGACUGGAAACAAAUCUUAAAUUAUUUCACCACAAAUGAAUAAAGUUAGUAUGCUAACAGGUCAAACUAAGACUGUGAACAUGGUUAUAUCAUUGUGAUAACUUUAAUGAAAAUGACUAAAAUUAAAAUUGAUGUCUUUUAAUGAUAUUUAAAAGCAAACAAGACUGUCAUAGACAAGAUUGAUGAAUUUCAUUUAGUAAUUUUCAGUGCCUGAAACAGGUGUGAGGAGGCAGGUGUCUGCCAAGCAGCUGCAGAAACAAACCUGUUUUUAUAUUUUCCACAACAAUGAUCACAACAAAUAGGAUAUUUGACUGUCAAAAGUCAGCAGGAUGCGAUUUUUGUCAGAAGACACUAAGGACAAGAUGAGCGAAGACUGUUUUGUCCACAAGGGGGCAUCAAAACCAAUUCAAACUAAAAGAUCCUUACAGGAGCUUUAAGGUAUAAACACAUCCUGAUUUAGCCUGAUUUUCUUUCUUUUAAGCAACAGUCAACAUCCACACUAACAAGCUAAGCUGCAUUAUAUAAUAUUACAUGAUGAACAUGUGCUUGUUCAGCAUUAGUUUGUUAGCAUCACUAUCUGAGGCAUAUUUACCGGCUGAUGUUAAAAACACUGCAUGUUCAUUUCUAACCAGCAAAAGGAGCUUUUUUAGACUAAAACCAUCCAACUGGGGAGUUUUUAUUCAACAUUUACACACAGUAUGACAUGUUUUCAUCCUGUGGUCCAGAAAAACAUCAUCUCCUAAUGCACCAGAAAAAAGUUAAGCCACUGAAUGACUUUGCGCUAUAUUAACCAAUGACAGGAAUGACAGGACUCCAGCCCUGAUAUGAGACAAACUUGUGUAAACACGGAAAGGGAGUCUGGGAUUAAUCCUGAUGGUUGCCAGGCGGGGACUCAAAGAAAGCUAUUGAAAAUUGUUGCAAUGUUCCUGAAUAUUUGCAUGAGAUAAGAGUGAGGUCAGAAAAGUGUAUUUGUUUAAAUGUAUGACGAAUAUUUGUUAUGACUCUUAUGAAGGAGUGUCCCUGAGCAGAGCCAUAAAAGCGGUGUCAUGGUAACUUGCAGAAUAAAGAAAGAUAUUUGUUUAAUUUGCCUUCAUACAAACAUGAAAGAGGAAGACAUUAACCAUUAAUGUUAAUAUUGUCAGAUAAAAUCCAUCACUUAGUUAAAUAUAACCAAAACAUGUCAUCCAAUUUGGCUCUGAGGUUGAAUACCUUCCUGUUAAAGGUCACUUUUUCACAAGUGAUGUGACCAUCAUAAGCAGUUUCUGCAGUGAUUAGGUCGAUGGGAAAUUUAUCAAUUGAAAAACGUUACUGAAAAGUUCAAAAUGUCUGCAGAGAAAUAUCAAAAUAAUGAAGACGAUAAAUACACUUUACUUUAUGUUGAUGAAAAAAUGAUCAUGUUUGUUUAUUGCGAGGCUGUAAAUUGUAUACCGCUCAUAAAAAGUCCAGGAAUUCACACUUAUGUGUCUUCUUAUGUUCAACUGCUUGCACAUCUCAGCUCCAACAGAUCACAAAGAAAAAAUGUUUCUUUAUUGUCACAAUAUUUGAUGUCAGCUGACCUGGAUCACAGAUGUCCUUUAAGCCCUAACCCUAUAAUUUACAGAGUUAUAGGGUUCAGAUCAUUUGAUAAAUAUCAUCUGUAUGUUUUUCUUAACCCUCACAUACUGUUCGGGUCAAAUUUGACCUGUUUUGACUUUUAACAGCAGUAAAAAUACCCUAAACAUCAUAUUUUAAGCCUGAAACUUGAUGACUUUUCCUGAAGUUGCCCAAAAUACAUAAAAUUAAUUUAAAAAUAUUCAUGUGUAUUUUUGUUUAUGUGCUACAAAUUUUUCCCCUCUAAGGCUGUUAUGGGCCAAAUUUGACCCAUAUCUAUAUUUAGAUGGAUUUUAGAUCUAGCAGUGUGGGACAAGUGACAAACAGUAACAACAGUGUUCAAUGUAAGGUUUGUUGUUCAAAAAGAUAUAUUCAAAUCAUUAUGAAACUACCUUACCUUGACAGAAACACACACACACACACACGCACGCACAGACAUACAGUCACACAGACACACCUAGACAGAGGUCAAGAUGACCUAACUAGUCAAGAGAACUUUCUGUGACAGAAAGCUGCUCUUUGAACUCUUUGAAGGGCAAUUUUGACCCGGAACAAACUGUGAGGGUACAGGAUUUGAACAGUAUGUGAAGGUUAAGCAUCUGCAAUGUCAAGUUCUGUCACCUGCAAUUAAAGUCAUCUGAGAAGCAGUUGAAAAAAUUGAGCCGUUGAGGCCUUUAUCACCCUCCCCACGACACACCCCUUUCUGGCAGAGCAAGAAACCGGCCGGCAGAAGAUCCCAUGUUAGCUUCAAACAGUAUUCACCAUGUCAGAUUGCUAGUGACUAGCAGCAGUAAAUGCCAGCUCUGCUAGCAAGCACCAUCUGCAGCUGCCUGGACAGUUAGCCUACCGUGUUGACAUUGCAGAGACUAAUAAGAGUUAUUUAUGUAACAUGUGCCACGAUAAGAGGCAAAAAUUUCCUGUUCAACACAAACUCUGCUGUCUUGGCGUCUGUUUUCAGGCCCAAAU